AUGGGAAGGCCAUGCCACGCCCAUACAGCAGCUCUGGCCGAACCCAACCAGCGCGCACUCCUCGUCGAAGGGAUUCGUCCUGUCCUUCCCCUGAUCCGCAAUCCGCCCUACGGCAAACGCAUUCAGAACAAACUGCAACGUGAGCAGAUGGAUCAAUUGCACGGUUUCAAUCAACAGGCGCUCACCAUGGCACUGGCCACUCUAGGUAUCGGCGGACACGGAGCAGCGCGCCACGUUCCUCAGGCGAUGCACCCCUCGGCGGAGCUCUACGCUACACAAAACGGCAUGUACCAGAUGCAGCAGGGCGCCGCGUCGUAUAGCCCGGUCCAUCUGAUGCCGCAGAUGCACUCGCUCCAAGCGCAAGGCCUCGAUGGCUAUGUCCUUCAAGGCGGGUCCCCGCAUGCGUCUGGAUUGCCUGCACCUGCCCAUCUCGGCGGAUUCUCGAAUUCCUUUGCUGGCGUGAGCCCCUUUGCUGGUGUUGGCCUUGCUGGCCCCAUCGCUGAUCCGUACCAGAGGGUGUCCUUUGGCUAUGGCAUGUAA